AUGGCGGUCCAUCCCGCACAUCGUCUGUGCGGUAUCGGCUCACUCCUUAUGAAUGCGGGUAUAAGGAAAGCUGACGAUCUCGAGCUAGAGUGCUGGUUGGAAGGGUCCAAUAUGGGAAAGCCGCUUUACGAAAAGUUUGGUUUCCAGUCUUUGUUCAAGAUCGCCUUCGACACUGAGGUGCCAGGAGCGAGUGACGAGUGGAGGAAAUGCGUAUAUGAGAUGACGCCAGCGGCUGUGUUCGCCAUGUGGAGGCCAAAAAAUGGACUUUGGAAGCUGAAGAACGGGCAAGAGGUGGGGAUGCCAUGGAGUUUGGGUAUAAGCCCGGUGCUGAACGGUGUCUCCUGA